UGGGAGAGGAUGUGGUAACACUGAAAUAUCAAUCAAACACUUUGUCUGCUCAGUGCUGAAGCUCCUCCAACUGAAGGCAGCAUGGCAGGCCGGAGGUGUUCUGGACUUUCUGCUCUGCAGGUGGUGCUGAUUGUUCUGCUCAUCAUCAUGACAGUGGUCUGUGUGUCACUGAUUGUAGUUUUGGUUACCAGGAAAACAGACACAGAUCCAGGACCUCUGGGUGAACCUUACCUAAUCGGCGUGGGCCGAGCUGACUGCACAGGACCACCGGCUGAAAUCCCUCUGAUGGGUUAUGCAAACCCUCAGCAGACGGCUGCAGGAAUACACACACGUCUGUACAGUCGAGCUUUCAUCAUCGAUGAUGGAAGUCGGAGGGUCGUAUUCGUCACUGCAGAUGUGGGGAUGAUUUCUCAGAGGCUACGGCUGGAGGUUCUACAGGUGCUGAAGGAAAAGUAUGGAAACUUGUACAGACAGGAUAAUGUGGUUCUGAGUGGGACACACACCCACUGUGGACUAGCAGGAUAUUUCCAGUAUACACUUUUUAUGAUCACCAGUAAGGGAUACAUCAAGGCGUCCAUUGAGCCGCUGGUCAACGGCAUCGUAAAGAGCAUAGACAUAGCCCACAGUACCAUGAAGCCCGGCAGGAUUUACAGGAACAGAGGAGAGCUAGACGAAAGCAGUCUGAACAGAAGUCCUCACUCCUACCUGAACAACCCAGAGAAUGAAAGGCAAAGGUACAAGUCGAACACAGACAAACAGGUGUUGGUGCUGAAGUUCACAGAUCUGGAUGGUGAUGGAAUUGGUAUGAUCAGCUGGUUUGCUGUGCAUGCUGUUAGCAUGAACGACACCAAUCGUAUGGUGAGCAGUGAUAACAUGGGUUAUGCUUCCUACCUGCUGGAGAAGGACAAGAACCCUGGAGAGCUACCUGGACAGGGAAGUUUUGUUGCUGGUUUCUCCUCUAGUAACCUUGGUGACGUCACUCCAAACAUCAGAGGACCUCAUUGUGUGAACACUGGGUUGCCCUGUGACUAUCUCAACAGUUCUUGUCCUGUCGGGGGGACUAAAAUGUGUCAGGCAUCUGGGCCAGGAGAAGACAUGUUUGACAGCACAAACAUCAUUGGACACAACAUCUACAUGAAGGCCAAGGAACUAUAUGCGAAUGCAGUUGAAGAGGUCACCGGUCCAAUUCAGGCUGCUCACCAGUGGGUCAACAUGACAGACGUGACUGUUAAGAUCAACGACACACACACGGUCAGCACAUGUAAACCAGCUCUGGGUCACAGUUUUGCAGCAGGAACAACAGAUGGGGGAGGAAGCUUGAAUUUCACUCAAGGUGCUGUGGAAGGAGACCCAUUCUGGGAUGGGAUCAGGGAUAUUCUGUUGGGCAAACCAUCAAAUCAGACAAAGGAAUGUCAUCAUCCCAAACCGAUCCUGUUCAGCACAGGCGAAAUGAACUCGCCAUUGCCUUGGCAUCCUCAGAUUGUGGAUGUUCAAAUCAUCACCAUUGGAUCAGUAGCUGUCAUAGCUGUCCCCGGAGAAAUGACCACCAUGUCAGGGAGGAGGCUGCGAAAUGUUGUCAAAGAGGAGUUGGAAUCUGUGGGUACUUUCAGGAACACAGAGGUGGUGAUUGCUGGACUUAGUAACAUCUACACUCACUAUAUAACCACUUACGAGGAGUACCAGGUGCAGCGGUAUGAAGGAGCAUCCACUAUUUAUGGCCCGCACACGCUCACUGCUUAUCUGCACAAGUACCGUGAACUAGCUAAAGCCAUCGCCCAGGACAGAGUGUCAGGGUUGCCUGUAGGUCCCGAGCCUCCCUUCUUUACAAAUAACCUCUUUAGUUUACUGGCCCCAGCAGCAGUGGACAGGAAACCUGAAAACACUAGUUUUGGAGAUGUUCUGGAACAAGUUCUUCCCCUUUAUAGACAGGGUGAUGUUGUCUCAGUCACAUUCAUAGCGGGAAAUCCUCGACAUUCAGGAGAUAUUAGAGAUAAAACAUUUGUCACAGUGGAGAUUUAUGAUAACAGAACAGAAACCUGGGAGGUUGUUUACAAUGAUGCAUCAUGGGAGACCAGGUUUCACUGGCUGAAGGGUUCAAAUAAACAAAAUAAUGCCACAGUUGAAUGGUACAUCCCCCCCUCAGCUCCUGUUGGAUCCUACAGGAUCAGACACUUUGGACAUUACAAAGAGCUAAAAAGCCUGAGACCAAUCAUCACUCCAUAUGAAGGCUCAUCUGACGUCUUCACAGUCAUGUCCAGCUAUUACUCAUAACCGUUCAGAUUUGUUUUAUUAAGACCUUAGAAAGCUUUUUUCUGUAGAUUUAAAAAAUAAGUGACAACUUAAUUGCAAACAGUCAGCUCUGCAAAAUUAUAUUUCUAAAUAAUAAAUUGUCAAACAUGAA